GCACCACUUGACAGGGAUGGAAUUCGCGUCAUGGACCCGAGACGAGCAGAAGUCACGGCUGAAAGCAUGGAAUGCCAAGGCGGCCAAGCAGCUCCAAGCUACGUGCCAGCCGCGCUGUCCAGACACCAUGCGCACCGGCAGCGCCGAGGCCAUCCCUGCAUACUUGAACAACGAUGCGGUCGAGAUUGCGCCCAAGGUGGCGGAUGCGCCUCUUACGUCGGUGGCUGCGAUCCAAGCAUCGUACAAGUCGCGAUCCAAGUCGGACGAAGCCAAGCGAGUCGCCCAUGUGAAGCGAAUGCCCACGUACCAAUCAUGGGAACGUCGACGACGCGAAGGGAUGCAUCGAGGGGGAAGAGAACGUCAUGAAGAUGCGGCGCGGGUGGACGCCGACCCAACGGAGAAUGCGAGUGCACCGCCAGACGCCAUCCGCGCCUUGCCGUCGAACGACACGGACAACAAUGGCGGCAUCUGGUUUCGAAAUCUAUCGUAUGCGGCGAUCACACAUGAUCCAGCAUCCAAGCAGCACGUGCUUGGUCAAAUGCGAGCGGCCCUGGUGCAAGGCGACGUGGUGCAUUUGGAGACCGACGCAGAAGCAACCGGCGACGCGUUGUCCGACUCGCGACUCCUCCUCCAGCAACUUACGAUUGCGUGUCUGCUCUUCUGCGACCGCACGCAGGACCUCGUGCCCCGAACGCAGGGAACCACCGUCUCCAUGACGCUCGUGCCCAAGACGCGCUCAUAGCCGCGCACGAUGCACAGGUCGACUCGCCGCGAACGCAUGCCGAUCGUCGCUUCCCGCCCGUCGUAUUCCGCCUUGUCCCGUCAAUUGUUCAAAAAUCAUAAAAAUACUCGAAAUUGCCAUAUUCAUGCAAGAGAAUUUAAUUUAUUCGGCAACAUUCGG